AUGCCUAUAAGGAGUAAUCGGCUAAACCCUAACCGACCAUCAGCACCACAACAACAACAACAACCGCAACCACCACCAGAAAUAAACCCCUCAAUAAGUACAGUACAACUUGAAGAAAUCAUAGCUCAAAGAAUUGUUGCAGCUCUAUCUAAUGUCACAAGAGAUGGAGUUAGAAAUGAAGGCCAUGUAGGGACCACUAGAACAUGUACCUACAAAGAUUUUAUGAAUUGCAGGCCAAAAAGCUUUCAUGGAAAUGAAGGGGUAGUUAAUUUGACAAGGUGGAUAGAAAAGACAGAGUUUGUCUUUCAAAUAAGCUUUUAUCCAGAUGAUUGUAAAGUACGAUUUGCAGCAUGUACUUUCGCUGACACAACACUUACAUGGUGGAAUAGCCAUGUGAAUACAAUGGGAAUUGAUACUUCAAAUUCCAUGAAAUGGGAAGACCUAAAAAUGAUGCUAGUAGAGGAGUAUUGUCCUAGGGAGGAAAUACAUAUGUUGGAACAAGAAUUGUGGACCCUAACCAAGAAGUGUUCAGAGAUAAAAGCUUAUACCGCUAGAUUUAAUGAUCUUGCUGUAAUGUGUCCAGCACUUGUAACCCUUGAAUAUAAAAAGGUUGAGCGAUAUAUCUGUGGUUUAGCAUCGCAAAUCAAAGGCAUGGUGAUCGCAUCAAAUCCUACGACUUAUGACAGCACCAAGAGUAUAGCUCAUCAGCUAACCCUCACAAAGAUCCAAGGAACAAAAGUGCUCUCAAAGGCUGAGUCUCCCAAAUCUAGAACAAACAAGCGCAAGUUUAAUAGGAAGAAUCCCAAACAAUCAUCUGACAAAAGACAAGAAGUGGCAACCAAUUACGCAGCCACAACAGCAGUACAUACUCAACCUAAAUCUUCAUGGUGCAAUCAGUGCAACCAUCAUCAUCCAGGUGACUGUUUUGUCUGCACGAAGUGCAAGAAAAGGGGGCAUACUGCUAGUUACUGCAGGAGCACAACACCUGCAAUAGUGAAUCAGGGAACAAAUACUGGAGCAGGCCAUGGUGAAGGAAGAAAGUGCUAUGAGUGUAGGGAGGUUGGAGACAUCAAGAAAGAAUGUCCAAAGUUAAGGAGUCAAGGAGACAUAGGACGUGGCGGGGCGUUUGUAAUCGGAAGCAGAGAGGCAAUCUAG